AUGUCCUUUAGCAAGGACUGCGAGCACACCUUCAAUGUGUGCAACACAUUCCGACUUCAAACUGUCAACCAGCACAAGAUCAAUGGCUUCUGGCUAUCUAAUUCUCUAUCUUUUUCUUGCCACCACCAAAAAGCCCGAAAAAAGGCUUUUGGGAUACUGAACUUUAUCAAGCGCUCCUUCUAUCGCUUUGAUAAAGGAGACUUUCAACUCUUAUAUGACACGUAUGUAAGACCGCUAUUAGAAUACGGAGCCCAAAUCGCGUGCUCUGGGCUUUUGGGUGAUCGUAACUCCCUCGAACGAGUUCAGCGAGCAGCCACAAAGCUAUUCUCAGGUCUCUUCCGUGUUCCGCACACCAUCCGUUCCACCACACUGAAUAUUUAUCCCCGAAACACCCGUCGCAUUCGGGCGGACCUUUUUCUUCUCUACCACUUGCUCUUCACGGACGCGGCCAACCAGUUUUUCACCCCAUAUAGCUUAGAUACUCUUCGCGGUCGCAGCAAAAAGCUGUUUAAGCCUCGACCCCGCACCCGAGUUCAUCACUGGUUCUUUACCCAUAGAGUCACUCUAUUAUGGAAUAGACUCCCACAGGAGAUUGUCGACGCGCCUUCAAAGAGCAUGUUCAAACACAAGCUCGAUAUAUUCCUUGGUCUUCAAAACGCAAUUACUAACUCCCAUUAUAACGAUCAUUGUGUUCCCAAUAUGUGCUUUCAUUGUGGUAAUACGACGCGCCUGGUCUGUAUGAUGUGCCUCGUCGCCACAUACUUUCUUGUUGAACUUAUUGUUGGCUACGUUAUUCAUUCAAUAGCUUUGGUGGCAGAUGCUUUUCAUAUGCUUUCGGACUUCUUAGCGCUUGUUGUUGGAGUGAUCGCAGCCAGAAUCGCCAAAUGGCCAAGUUCGUCCAAAAAUACCUUCGGAUGGCAGCGAGCAGAGGUAAUGGGUGGCCUCAUUAAUACCGUCGUUCUCAUUACUUUGUGUUCGACCAUUCUUAUGAAUGCAAUUCAACGGUUCAUCGAGCCUGAACCCAUCAACAAUCCCAGACUUAUGGUUUACGUUGGCGCUGGUGGACUCGCCGUAAAUGUCCUUGGUUUGAUUGUUUUGGGGGCACAUUCACACGACAAUUCGAACACCACAAUUGAAGUUGUCGAUGAGGUGAUAGCUCACAUUCUUGACCAUGGUGCACCAGUCAGGUCUCAGUUGUUGCAAAACUUUCCUGUCUGGAUUUCAAGCCUAAGCACGAAACCACCCCUCAUGUUCAGAAUCUCUGAUCUUAGUUAG